CAGUUAAGAACACAUUAUCAUUUGCAAUGACGGCCUAGCCCAGCCAAACGCAGACGACGCUGGGGCAAUUGUGCGCCGCCAGAUGUGAUGCAGCCUAGAUUUGAAACAGGGACACCUCUUGCACUGAGCUGCCUUAGCUGUGCCACUCGAGAGCUUAUUUACGAACCACUGCUGCGGGCUCUGGAACAGGAGGGAUAGACUUGUCUAGGCUACUCUAACCCCUUUGGCUUAUGUGGACUAUUUGCUGCUCUUUCUCGGUAUACUUAGCCGAUGUGAAAUAACCGGGACAAUAUAAAAGCUACGGUCAAAUAACGGUUCUGGUCAGGGUGCGCCAAAAUCACUGGAUUCUGUCAACUUGUUGCGCACUCAAUGCAGUGGAACUACAAGUGGUAGUUAGAAUUGUUUCGAGUAGCAGCCAAAGUGGACGAUUAUAAUUUCAGUUAUCAUCAUGGGCGAGACACACUAAGCCUCAGCUCCCGAGGCUCAGGAUUGUUUUAGCAGUGGGGGGACGAAGACGAAGAGAGGCACGGCAUUCCCAGACUGGACCGAUAAGGACUCCUAAAUGCGUCUUCCUGUUGACCCGACAACAAUGAAUAGUGGUUCUAGCAACUUUCUGCUAGUUCCAAUACAGGAGUAUCCCGUUCUAGACUGCGUACCCAACAAAAACGUCAAGAUCGUGGUUUUGGGAGCGAGCAACGUGGGGAAAACAGCUUUGAUAGUCAGGUUCCUGACUAAGAGGUUCAUCGGGGACUAUGAGGCAAACACAGGGGCCCUGUACUCCAGAAAGAUCAAUCUAGAUGGAGAACAGGUUUCACUACAGGUUCAGGACACGCCCUGUGUCUCUCUACAGGACGAUGCAGAGGGACUUUAUUGUCAGGAGCAGAUCAACAGGUCUAUCUACUGGGCGGAUGGAUACGUCCUGGUCUUCUCCAUCACAGAUCACAGCAGCUAUAGAACCAUCCAGCCUCUCUACCAGCACGUCAGACGCAUCCACCCUGCAGGGAAUAUACCUGUCAUACUGGUGGGCAACAAGAGUGACCUCCUCCGUGCCCGUCAGGUGCCAGCCGAUGAGGGUGAGACUUUGGCAGCCUCUCUGGGUGGUGCGUAUUUCGAGGUCUCUGCCCGGGAGAACCACGAGGGGGUCCACUCCGCCUUCCUGCACCUCUGUGGCGAGGUGAGCCGAGCGCUGGGCGGGGGGAACGGGGAGAAGAGGAGAGGGGGGCUGCACCUAGCCCGGCCUAAGUCCCCCAACAUGCAAGAGCUCAAAAGAAGGUUCCGACAGGUGCUCUCUUCCAAGGGGAAGUCUUCCGCUACCACGCUGUGAUGAUAAUGGAAAAAAAGAGAUGCUUCUGGUUCUGACGGUUCUAGUUCUGGUUCCAGAAUUGGAAUUAUGGAUUUAGCCCAGUUGACUCUCUUGUGAUGUCAUUGUAUGAGAAUGAAUGUAACAGUUUCAAUUGGAACACAGAGAAGAGAUAAACGGUUCUAUAUUCUAUUUCAUUCUAUUGGAAUGGAACAUUGAGAUAAGGAAAUCUAUAUUCCACUUGUGGAAAGAAUGGCACAGAGACAGCAAGACCAAACGCUUCCAACAACGGAGUGGGCUUCGUUGGUAUGUGACGUGAAGAUGCCUGUCUGCCGAUUCAACCAAUGGUGACUGAGGAGACUGAAAAACAGACUACGACUGACAGGUCUAACGGACCAUUCGUAGGCUUCUCUGAGAUCGCUAUUCGUACGAAGCGAUUAUGCAGUAGUCAACUCUCCUUGCUUUUGAUACAUUUUGUAUUUAAAGAAUGUCAUCUAAAAUAAACUGUACCCAGAGGCAAAGAGAAAUUAUGUUGGCAUCACAGAUUACCUAUAAUGAAGGGACACUUUAUCUCUAAUGGCAUUCUACGAGCCCUGGUCAAAGGUUGUGCUCUAGGCUAUAUUAUAGUACAGUGCCAUUAGAGAUUGAACCUAUGUAUUUUCUCAUUGAAACAUUUCAAAUGGACGGGCCAUGCUUAAUUCAAUUGAAUUGCUACAAAAUGCACUCAACCACAGUCCUUGACAUCCUGGUCUGUACUAAUCUAUACCAGCUUGGUUCCCCUGAACAGUCACAAACCACUGGAUCAGUUUACCCUACCCCAACCCUAACUUCAACCAUCAUGAAGGCAAUAGAUAAAACUGACCACAGACCAGUUCUUAGGGGAAACUCCACCCUACAUCAAACCACUGUGAUGCCUAUGGCUGCAAAAGUCGGUUGGAAGAUUCCUGGAAUCAGGGGGGAAUAAGCAGGACACUUUGAAUCAUUCAACCAGAAUUUCAGAAAAACCUGGGAAUUAUUGGAAAAAUACAGGAAUUUUGCAACCCUACUCAGGCCCCUGUAAGGUAACACAUGUGGAGGCUCUAUGUCCUACAUAUGUAUCUUUCUGUCUGUUUUUUAUAUGAGUCUGGAAAGGGGAGAGACUUGGGGUGAGUUCUAAAUGGCACUGUAUUCCCUAUAUAGUGCACUACUUUUGACCAGGGCCCAUCAAAAGGAAUGCACUAUAUAGGGCACAGGGUGCCAUUUGGGAUGCAACCACGAGUUCUCAUGACCUUUCACCUCUAUCUGCUGCCUCAGAGUUUAACACACACCAGAGCAGGGGUCACCCACUAGAUUCAGCCGCAGGCUGAUUUUUUUUCUUGAGCGAAUGGUCAGGGGGCCGGAACAAAAUUACAAAUAAUUUGAAAAACGCAAAUGCUGUAGACCGCAAGACUCCCAAACAGAUAUAAUAUAUCAAACCUUGUUUACAUUUGUAUACAAUCACAUAUUUACAGCAUCUCUGUUUUGUGUGGGAAUACUUUGGAAUGGAUUUCCAAAAUUAAAAUCACUUGGAGCAGA